GUUUUUGUUUAUUUUUAAACGUAAAUAUGACAAACAUGUGGGGGAAAAGUUUGGAGAAUUUUGAAAAGUACGAAUUUGCAAAUGCUAGCAAAUUUUUCAGCACUAAAGGAUGGACUAAAAGGCAAGUAACUAGAGGAUAUAAGUUUUUUACCGAACGUUAUAUCCACAAAGUGUUCACGGCCGGCAAGAAUGUAAAAGCGUGCUGCUAUCGAAGUCAAAAGAAAAAUUUGAAACUUCACAGCCUUUCUAUGUCUUUCCAAGAAGUCGACGAGUUGUUAGAGUUAAUAGAAGCUCAUUGCAGUUGUGAAGCUGGCAACUCGGAAUCAUGCAAUCACGUGGUUGGACUAGCCCAUUACUUGGACGAUUUAAUUCGCAGAGGUUGUACUGUAAUACCCGAUGAUGAAGAGAUGUCUUGUACAUCACUUCCCAUGCAGUGGAACAAACCCAGAGGUGCGAAAAUUUUACCGGAAAAAGUGUGCACCUCUGUUUUUGCAAGUCCCAUUAAUACGGAAAGGAAAAAAGAGCCUGUACAAUCGACCUUUAGGUGCCCUUUUUAUAAUGAUGUGUUGAAGGAGGUAACAAAUAAAGAAGUUGGAAAAUUACGCGACAGUUUAGGUCCUGGAAAGUGCUUAACAAGCUUUUUCUAUAUAGCUGGGAACGAAAAUCCGGCUCCUACAGUUUCCCUUUCCAAUGGCAUGUCAGCCCCUCGAGGUUCAGUCCUGGAACUCAUGGAUCAAGGGUUUUCCCAGACAUUAGAGGUGCAGCCUUCUUCAAACGAGCGCAACUUACCUAAUUUGCGUUCCGAUGCUGUAAAUAUUUUGCUAAGCUUACCACCUGUGUAUCACAGUAGUUUGGAGGAAAUAACUUUUGAACAUUCCGUUGCCAUCGAAAAAGCUACAAGAAAUCAGUCAAAGUGUAAAAUGUGGAAGGAUUUGCGCCGAUUGCGGUUCACAGCGUCAAAUUUUGGUGCAAUAUGUAAGCGGCGUUUUUUUAACAACCACUUUUUGGAAGGAUACAUUCAAGGACCUAAGGAUAUCUCGAACAUUGGAAGUGUGCGGCAUGGCCUUGAAAAUGAGAAUACUGCCAUACGUUUGUAUUUGUUGCAAAACACAACUGUAAAAUAUUUCAAAUGUGGUCUUGUUGUGCACCCGUAUGCUAGUCACUUAGGAGCUAGUCCAGAUGGUAUACUUUACAAAGAAGGCAAUUGGGGAAUAUUAGAAGUGAAAUGCCCCUGCACCCGAAAAUCAGAAAGGCUGUCCGACUAUUUAAAGAUGCCAACGUUUUGCUUGAAGGAAAAUGAUGGCGAAUUAAUUUUAAAAAGAACGCACAGUUACUUCCAUCAGGUCCAAGGCCAGAUGUUACUAACGGGUUUGCAAUUUUGUGAAUUCGUAGUGUAUAUAAAAAGUUCGCAGGAAUUACUGACUGUAACUGUAGCAUUCGAUUUUAACUUCUGUGAUGAUAUGUACAAGAAAUUGACGAAUAUAUAUGAAACUUACAUUUGCCCUUUGCCGGCUCCAACAAAUGUCGAACCUAGCAUAUAA